AGGUAGUUUUAUGCACACGGACAUUAUUCUCAUGCACACUCAUCGAAACAGACGGCGCCGCAUUUGAUCGAGGAUGGCUGCUCAGAUGGCAACCACAAAGGUCCCAGAGGUGCGGGACAUGACUCGGAUAGAGAGGAUUGGAGCACACUCACAUAUUCGUGGCCUUGGGAUAGACGAUGCAUUGGAGCCAAGACAGGUGUCUCAGGGCAUGGUUGGGCAGCUGGCUGCCAGGAGAGCAGCUGGUCUGAUUCUUGAGAUGAUCAGAGAUGGGCACAUCGCGGGUCGCGCUGUUCUCAUUGCGGGGCAGCCUGGUACCGGAAAGACUGCAAUUGCCAUGGGAAUUGCCCAGUCUCUUGGGCAGGACACCCCCUUCACUUGCAUGGCCGGCAGUGAGAUCUUCUCCCUGGAGAUGGGCAAGACAGAGGCUCUCACUCAGGCUUUCCGCAAAGCCAUCGGAGUCCGAAUCAAAGAGGAGACUGAAAUCAUUGAAGGAGAAGUUGUAGAAAUUCAGAUUGACAGGCCGGCCACUGGGACGGGGGCCAAGGUGGGCAAGCUGACCCUGAAGACCACGGAGAUGGAGACGAUAUAUGACCUGGGCAGCAAGAUGAUCGAGAGCCUGAGCAAGGAGCGCAUCCAGGCUGGAGAUGUCAUCACCAUUGACAAGGCCACAGGCAAGAUCAGCAAGCUGGGACGCUCCUUUACCAGAGCCAGAGAUUAUGAUGCCAUGGGUGCUCAGACGCAGUUCGUACAGUGUCCAGAGGGGGAGCUGCAGAAGAGGAAGGAGGUGGUGCACACCGUCUCCCUGCACGAGAUCGACGUCAUCAACAGCCGCACGCAGGGCUUCCUCGCCCUCUUCUCAGGUGACACCGGUGAGAUCAAGACUGAGGUGCGGGAGCAGAUCAACGCCAAGGUGUCAGAGUGGCGGGAGGAGGGCAAAGCCGAGAUCAUCCCAGGGGUGCUGUUCAUAGACGAGGUGCACAUGCUGGACAUGGAGUGCUUCUCCUUCCUGAACCGAGCCCUGGAGAGCGACCUGGCCCCUGUACUCAUCAUGGCUACUAACAGAGGCAUCACACGCAUCCGUGGCACCAACUACCAGAGUCCGCACGGCAUCCCCAUCGACAUGCUGGACCGCCUGCUGAUCAUCGCCACCUCCCCCUACAGUGAGAAGGAGACGAGGCAGAUACUCAAGAUCAGGUGUGAGGAGGAGGAUGUGGAGUUGAGCGACGAGGCCCAUACGGUGCUGACUCGUAUCGGCAUGGAGACAUCGCUCCGCUACGCCAUCCAGCUAAUCAGCACCGCCGGCCUAGUCUGCCGCAAGCGCAAGGGCACUGAGGUGCAGGUGGAGGACAUCAAGCGCGUCUACUCCCUCUUCCUGGACGAGGCCCGCUCCUCGCAGUACAUGAAGGAGUACCAGGACUCAUUCCUCUUCCACGAAGCACAGUCCACUCAGAUGGACACCACCUCCUGACCCUGAUGCGACCCACUCCUCUAAGUGUUACCUGUACCGUCUCAAAGCUGUGCGGUUUUCUCUCGUGUCAUAAGAAUGUUUUUUUGUUUGUUUUGUUUCUUUUUAACUACUUUGAACUUGCCUUUGAACUCAUUGCCAGACCGUUUUCUUUCAUACUUAACAUAUUUGAAGUUUAUUAGUACUAGUUUUCUGUGUGAAAUGGCAGUCAUGACGGUUUCAGUCACUGCUCCAUAAUUUAAAUUCCAUUGUGAUGUCCCCAUCACCCAUACGUUUUAAAAUUGUUGAUCACAACCUCCUGUCAUCAAAACAAAAAUUAAUAAAUACAUUUCAUGAAAUCCUG